AGUGCCGGGUUGCUUCGGGAGCGGCGGGGGCUGCGGGAGCUAAUGGUUGAGGCGCGGGAUGGGGGAGGCGGCCGUGGCAGCGGAGCCUUGCCCGCUGCGCGAGGAUAGUUUCACGCGCUUCUCGUCGCAGAGCAAUGUGUACGGGCUGGCAGGAGGCGCGGGCGGGCGCGGGGAGCUGCUGGCCGCCACCCUUAAAGGCAAGGUGCUGGGUUUCCGCUACCAAGAUCUCCGACAGAAAAUCCGGCCGGUGGCCAAGGAGCUGCAGUUCAAUUACAUACCCGUGGAUGCCGAGAUUGUCUCCAUUGACACUUUCAACAAGUCUCCACCAAAGCGGGGCCUGGUUGUUGGGAUCACGUUCAUCAAGGAUUCAGGGGACAAAGGCAGCCCCUUCCUUAACAUUUACUGUGACUACGAGCCUGGCUCUGAGUACAACCUUGACUCCAUUGCCCAGAGCUGCCUGAACCUGGAGCUCCAGUUCACUCCUUUCCAGCUGUGCCAUGCAGAGGUCCAGGUCGGAGAUCAGCUGGAGACCGUGUUUCUCCUGAGCGGGAAUGACCCAGCCAUUCAUCUCUACAAGGAGAACGAGGGGCUGCAUCAGUUUGAGGAACAACCCGUGGAAAACCUCUUCCCAGAGCUCACGAACCUGACCAGUAGCGUCCUCUGGCUUGACAUCCACAACCUCCCCGGCACAUCCCGGCGACUCUCAGCUCUGGGCUGUCAGAGUGGUUAUGUCCGAGUAGCCCAUGUGGACCAGCGGAGUCGAGAGGUUUUGCAGACGUGGACAGUCCUGCAGGAUGGCCCUAUCUCCCGAGUGAUCGUGUUCAGCCUUUCCACCCCCGAGGAGACCAAGGACAGGCCGCAGCAGGAAGAGUACAGCAUGCUCGUGGCCAGCAUGUUGGAGCCAGCAGUGGUGUAUCGGGACUUGCUGAGCCGGGGCCUGGAAGACCAGCUUCUCCUGCCUGGCAGUGACCAGUUUGACAGCAUCCUCUGUGGCCUGGUCACCGAUAUUGACUUGGAUGGGCAGCCAGAAGUUCUAGUGGCCACCUACGGACAGGAACUGCUCUGUUACAAGUACUGUGGCACCGAGGCCAGGCUCCCCAAGGCGGAGUGGGGAUUCCGCCUGCUGUGGCAGAGGAGCUUCCCCAGCCCGCUGCUGGCCAUGGCUCACUUGGACCUGACUGGGGACGGGCUGCGGGAGCUCGCCGUGGUCUCCCUGAAGGGCGUGCAUAUCCUGCAGCACAGCCUGAUCCAGGCCUCGGAGCUGGUCCUGACAAGGCUUCGGCACCAAGUGGAGCAGAAGAGACGUCAGUUACAAAGGCUGGGGAACAGGGUGGGCCCAGGGCCUGCUGGGACAUCAGCCUCCUGAUCCCACUUCCCCCCGUUGGGGUGCUCACCUCCAGCCCAGUUCCCCAGGGCAGUGGAGCUGUGAGCUCCUGCUCCAGCUCUGCCCCAGGGUGCCCUGCAACCUUGCCUAACACACCCCUCUGUGCCUCAGUAUCCCUGUUUGAAAAUGGGGUGACCUCACCCCCCCCUUCCACUCCAGGAGGAAAUUGGCCAGCCUCGGAUUACGUACAUGUCCAUAGGCACCCAGCUGCCCAUUGUCUUUACUCUUUUCAGCAAGUGCUUGAUGAGAGCUCAGCACCUGGUGUUGGAUGCUGGACUCACCCAGAACCGAGGGAGGGGGAUAUGGGAGAGAGGACUCAGGGUUGGACCAAGAGGCAGGACUGAGGCGAGAUCGUAGUGUAGACCUGGGAGGAAAGAUGAGAUUGGGCCCUAACAGAAAGGCUGGGGUUAAACCACUGGUGGCCACAAGAAUUUUUAAAACAUUCAGUACAUGACUGUAGUCAGGGGCACUGACCUCUUUCCCUGAG